CGUAACUUCAAUUUGUAAAGAUAUUCGCGGCGUUGUAGUUUACGAGUAUUAUAAUUGUUGUUCUAUUAUUACUGUGUAGUUUUGUUUUUUUGUUUUAUUUAUUUUGCAUUUAAUAUAGUGUAUUUAAAGCUAAAGAUCAAAACUACAGCAAAAAAAAGGACGAAAGCGUGAAAAAUGAAAUAUUUUAUGGUAUUAGCUAUUUUGUGGGCAAGUAAUGGUAUUUACGAUUGCCAAAAAGUUGAACCACGUAGAGAUGAUGAGUAUCCUCCACCAGAACUAAUAAAAAUUUUAAGACCUGUGCAUGAUUCAUGCAUUCAAAAAACUGGAGCAACAGAAGAGGCAAUUAAACAGUUUAGUGAUGGUGAAAUUCAUGAUGAUCCAAAACUAAAAUGUUAUAUGUAUUGUGUAUUUGAGGAAACUGAUGUUCUACAUGAUGAUGGUGAGGUACAUUUAGAAAAAUUACUUGAUUCUUUACCAGAGUCAAUGCAUAUGAUAGCAGUACAAAUGGGAAAGAAAUGCCUUUAUCCUAAAGGUGAAAAUUCAUGCGAAAGAGCUUAUUGGUUACAUAAAUGUUGGAAGACAGCGGAUCCUAAACAUUAUUUCUUGAUUUAGAAAUUAAACUGAAUUUUCAUUCUAUGGAUUAUUUCGCUUGUAUUGUUUUUUUUAAAUUAUUUUAAGUGCACAUUAAAUUGUUAUUAAAUUCAUUGAAAU